AAGGGCGGGCAAGACGGUUAUGGUAGGCAAAAAGGGUAUUUCAUUUAUUUCUAUGCAAACGAAAGAACGAGACAACACGAUCACGGGACGCGCUAGCGCGCUCGCGCCAUAGAUAAAACAGUACGCCGCGGGGAGCGGCACGCUUAAGACGAGUGCACUGGGAGCUGUACAUGUUUUCGCGCUAAAAAAAUACAAUAUUUGCAACAUGGUGUACAAUUAUAAAAGAAAAACUGAGAGAGCAUCUUGGUCGGAGAGUACGCUAAGAGAAGCAAUGAAUGAGGCAAAAAAAACCUCAAUAAAAGGUGCUGCCACUAAAUAUGGAAUAUCCUACAGUGUUUUACAGCGACGCAUGAAAACAGGUUCUUCUGUCAAGAGUCUCGGUAGGUUCAAAUCAAUAUUUACAAAUGAUGAAGAGCUAGAGUUAGUUCAGCAUCUAAAGUCCCUAGAUUCUCUAUUUUACGGACUUACUAAGUCUGAAUUUUUGCGAUUGGUUGGUGAAUUUGCUAAGCGCAAAAAUAAGCAAACAACGUUCAAAAAUAAUACUGCAGGAAAGCAAUGGUUCAAAAACUUCAAAAUGAGGCAUCCUGAAAUAGUACUGAGGACACCAGAAUCUACGUCCAUAGCCAGGUUACAAGCAUUUAAUAGGCCAGCUGUCAACAGGUUCUACGAUUUACUUGAAAGCUUAUUAGAAUCAGAAAAAAUUCGGCCCGAUAUGAUUUACAACAUGGAUGAAACAGGUGUCAGAACGUCAUCCACUAGACCACCUAAAGUACUGUCCGUUUAUGGUAAAAAACAAGUAGGAAUAGUCAGCAGUUUAGAAAAAGGAACAUUAACUACAGUUAUUUGUUGCUGCAGUGCGUCCGGCAAUUUUGCACCGCCUCCUUUUUUUAUUUUCAAACGAAAGCGGUUUCAAGCUCGAUUGCUGGAUGGUGCCCUUCCAGGUUGUGAAGCAGCUGUUUCUGAUAGCGGUUGGAUUAAUGGUGAAAUAUUCUUGGAAUGGCUAAGGGUUUUCGUGAGCUAUGUUAGACCAACCCAAGAUCGCAAAGCUUUGUUGCUUUUGGAUAAUCAUGAGUCACAUAAAUAUUAUCCUGCUUUAGAUUAUGCCACUAAAAACAACGUCAUAUUUUUAUCGAUUCCUCCUCAUACUUCACACAAAUUACAACCACUAGAUGUAGCUAUAUACUCACCAUUCAAAACCUUCUUUGAAAUAGAGAUCAAUAAAUUUCAGAAGCAAUAUCCAGGCAGGGUUAUGGACCAAUAUGACGUAGCAAAACUUGUGAGCCAGGCUUACCUGAGAUCAGCUACACCACAAAAUGCUUUAAGUGGUUUUCGAGCAUCAGGAAUUCAACCGUUUGAUCGUUAUGCUAUUGGAGAAGAAUAUUUUGCACCAUCUGCUGUUUACAAUCGUGAAGUACAACCACAAGAACCUCAUCGCAAUGAUCACCAUCUUAACCUUCUUCAGGUAACUAAAAAUUUACCAGCGCAGAUUUUUGAUGAGGAACAUGAGCCACCUGCUCCACCGUGCUCUGAAAAUUUAAACCAGCUGAUGGAAAAUAUUCAACCUACUCAGACUGAAACAAUAAAUCAAAACCCUAAAAAUGCUGAAGUCAUUGAACAAGUAGAAGUAGAAACAUUUCCUUCUGCAUUAUCGCAGGUAGAUCGAGGAACAGCUACACCGCCGCCAACCAUAGAAUUCCUGAACACAAGAAAUAUUCUUCAAGAAAUUAAUCCAUUUCCACAAAAUACUCAAAGAAUAACAAAGAGACGUAGACAGCCACAAAAAUCUGAAAUUCUAACUAGUACUCCGGUAAAAACUCUACAGAAAGAUAAAUUUGAAAAAACACAGAUGACGAAAGUUAGCACGCCAAAACCAUCUACAUCUGGACAGAAAAAAAAGAAGGGAAAGGAAAAGAAAGAAGGGAAAGGAAAGAAGAAAACUAACCAUAUCAGCGAAAAUAUAGAUUUUUUUUGCAUUAUAUGCAGAGAAAAAUACGAAAGUCCUCCUACAGAGGACUGGAUCCAGUGCUCACAAUGUCAAGAAUGGUCUCAUGAAUCAUGUUCUUCUUAUAGUGGACAUGGAUCGUACUUUUGUGACAUCUGUUUUGAUUAA